AUGGCCGGCCUACUGUCUUUGUUUGAAAACGAUUCAGACGAUUUCAACCAUUCAGAGCAGGGACCAGAACACACUGCAGCCGCUGAAUCCAUUUUGCAGGCUGCGCUUUCAGGGUUUGAUCUGGACCUGGGCAGUGAGAAAGACAAAGACAACAGUGACAAAGAGCAGCCAGGACGACAACAGCGAAGAAGGGCAGAGAGAUCCAGAUCACCAGUAGUGACACAUACACUGCAAAAGAACCGGGCAGUUCGUUGGAAGACCCCCAACAAUCAAGCUGAUGGUGAUGGAGUUCAUGCAGAACCCAAUGACUUACCUGAAGAUCGCGUGAAGGACGUUCAAGAGAUCGCCUCAGCUCUGUUCACAGGCCCAUCUCUGGAAGGUCAACUGUUCAGGGUCAGUCGCCUUAUGAAUGUGAAUCGCAAGAUGAUCAAGCGCCAUGUGAAUAGAUUAGCUGCUGCAGCUUUGGAGGCGCAGACGCACUACAGUGCAAUUUUCCUUUCCAAACUGGCAAAGCUUUCAGGAAUACGGCAAUAUGACGAGACACCAAUGUGGAUGAAGGCAACAGCUCUGGAGCAAGAGUUCAACCGACAAAGCGUUGCCCAGCAUCAUGGGAAGGCCAGUAGCUUUGAGGUUGGCGCAGCCACCGUCAAACUUUUUGUGGUUCAGCAGCGUUGGGCAGCUGUGGUUGGAGUGGAAGGGAACAAGGGAGCUCCUUCAUUGUGCUUUGAAGCGCAAGUGGCCACACCGUUGCAGAUUUUGGAGAACAAUUCCGGCAAAGUAAUUGCAGAGGCUGUGCGGCAGUCAGUUGACAUGGGCUACGACAAUGUUGUGAAGGACACCUUUCCUCGUGUGCUGGACAUUGUAACAACAGACGACUACUCUGCUAACCAUGUGGCUGAGCGCUUGCUGACCCAACACUAUGAGACUCAGUUUUCAAGCUGCCACAUCGGAAAACUGCAU